AUGGUGUCUCAAAUUACUCUCAUCGUUGAGCCCCGGGGCAAGCCUAUUCGCAAGCUCCCCAAAGAGAUCACUGUCGCCCUCACCUCCAACGGCGAGGAGCUCUACAAUGCUAUCGCCAAUGCUUCCGGUGCUUCGAUCCACCGUCUGCGCAUUACCAAGGGAAGUGACCGCAGUGUGGUUCCCAAUGCGAAGAACACCACUAUCAAGGAUACCGGCUUGAAGGAGUCGAGUAUCAUCCACGUCAAGGACCUUGGUCCUCAAAUUGCAUGGCGCACCGUCUUCAUCAUUGAAUACCUCGGACCCCUCCUGAUCCCAGCCCUUUUCCUCUUCCCCCUCCGCGACCUGAUCUAUUUCAACUUCGACAAGCCCCUCCCCGAGCCAUCCGACAUGCAACUUCUAGUCUGCGCCCUCCUGACCUUGCACUUCCUGAAGCGCGAGUACGAGACCAUCUUCGUGCACCGCUUCAGCAACGCCACCAUGCCCGCCCGCAACAUAUUCAAGAAUAGCGCUCACUACUGGGCCCUCGCCGGCUUCAACAUCGCGUACUGGGUAUUCCGCCCCGACGCAGCGGCUGCCUCGGCCGAUUACAACCCCAUUCUCGUGUACGCCGGAGUUGCGUUGUUCAUCUUCAGUGAGUUGGCAAACUUCAACGCGCACUUGGUGCUGCGUGACCUUCGUCGUCCCGGUACUACCGAACGCGGCAUUCCUUCCGGGUUUGGCUUCAACUGGGUCACUUGCCCCAACUAUAUGUUUGAGAUUCUGGCCUGGUUGGGCGUUUACCUGGUUAGCCAGCUUAGCUGGAGCGUUCUGGUCUUCACUCUUGUCGGUGGUAUCCAGAUGUGGAGCUGGGCCUGGAAGAAGGAGAGACGCUACCGCAAGGACUUUGGCGACAAGUAUAAGAAGAAGCGCACUGUCCUUAUGGCUGGUCUGUUCUAA